AUGGCGAUGAACAGCAUCCUCAACGCUGACAACAUCAAGAAAGCUUUAGAUGCAUUUGCAGUGGCUGACUCUUUUGACCAUAAGAGGUUUUUUGAGAUGAUUGGCUUGAAGAACAAGUCUUCUGACGACGUGAAGAAGGUCUUCAAGGUUCUGGAUGCUGACAACAGUGGCUAUAUAGAGGAGGAGGAGCUCAAAUUUGUCUUGAAGGGCUUUGCCAAAGAUGGCAGGGACCUGACAGAUAAGGAAACCAAAACAUUUUUAUAUGCAGCUGAUAAGGAUGGAGACGGCAAGAUUGGAGUUGAGGAAUUUACUGCCCUUGUGAAAGAAUAG